AUGUUAUUAGUUUGGGCGGUUAUUGCCCCCCUAGCGGUCGCCCUCCUAACAUUCAUAAGGUUGCCCCUUGGUCGAUGUAACCGUGAGAAGCCUCCCUGCAAGUACUUUCACCCGCCCCAGCACCUCAAGGACCAGCUACUUAUCAACGGGCGGAAUCACUUAGCACUUAAGAACGCCUUAAUGCAACAGAUGGGUCUGACGCCUGGCCAGGUGCUUCCUGGCCAGGUCCCAACCGUGGUGGGCGGCGUGAGCGGAGCCGGCGCGGCCGCGACCCACCUCGCCGCGCUCGACCCGCUCAGCCUGGCUCUGCUGGCCCCGCAGGCCACGUCGCCAUACCUGUCAGGCGUGCCAGGAGUUGGUUCGACGUAUGCGCAGUAUUACACACCGCAGCUGGUUCCGGCCAUGCUGGGUCAUGACCCUUCUGCAGCCGGCUCCCCACUUGGCGUCAUGCAGCAACCUGUGCUGCAGCAGAAGCUUCCCCGCACUGAUCGUCUCGAGGUCUGCCGAGAGUUCCAGCGGGGCGCGUGCAAGCGCGCAGAGUCCGAGUGUCGCUUCGCGCACCCGCCGCCGCCAGUGGCCGCGCACGAAGACGGCUGUGUCACGGUGUGCAUGGACGCCGUCAAGGGCCGCUGCACGGCUGGCGGAGCGCAGCAAGCGGCAGGGAGCGCAACUUCGGAGGCGGGAAAGAAGCGGCCGGCGCCCGCCGAGCUCGAGCCGCCCCCGAUGGAUAUGAAGAGCGUCGGAUCCUUCUACUAUGACAACUUUGCCUUCCCCGGCGUGGUAUCGUACAAGCGGCCAGCCGCAGACAAAGCAGGCGUGCCGGUGUACCAGCCGCCGACGACCUAUCAGCAACUGAUGCAGCUGCAACAGCCGUUCGUGCCCGUGUCAUGUGAGUACCCCGCGCCCGCGACUUCCGCCCCGCCGGCUGCGGCUUCAGCGCCGCCCGUUCCCGCGCAGGCCACGCCGCAACCCGCGCCACAGCCCCCGCAGCCCGCCCCGCCGCCCCAACCUGCCAUGCCGCCGCAACCUGCGCCUUCUCCGCCCGGCUCGCUUACCGACUCAGCCACGCCGGACCCCGCGGCCGUCGCUAAAGAAGUAGCACAGAAGAACUAUGCCGCUGCCUUAGCCUUAGCCGCGCAGCACUCGGCGAUGGCCCACGCGGCAGCUGCUGCGUACACACAGCAAGCGUACAAGGCUCGAGCAGCCAUGCCCGGAUUGAUGCGCGCCCCGCUGAUGAUGCGGCCCGGCUGGCCGGCGCCACAGAUGCCCAUGCAGUUCUACCAGCAGCCAUACAUGUAUGCGAUGCCCCCGCCGGCUCCAACGACUCAGACGGCGGCCGCGGCGGCGGCGGCGGCGGCUGCCGCUGUGAACCCUUACAAAAAGAUGAAGACGACAUAA